CAGUUGCAACCCAGCACUGGGAGACAUCCACACUCAUACACGGACAAUUUAGCUUACCCAGUUCACCAAUACCACGUCUUUAGACUUGUGGAAGAAACCCGAGCACUAGGAGGAAACCCAUGAGAACACCAGCAUCCUUCUGUGAGGCUAUACUGCACCACCAUGACAACUCUAGUUAAGUCUAUUUAAUAUAUUUUCAUUAUCCCAAUAAAAAUAAACUAUAAACUAAAAAAUUAAAAUGGUUGCUAAUAAAAUUUGUUGGAAACUAUAUGAAGAGUUUAGAUGCAAAGACAAUGUGAAAUUUUCCACUAACAGUUGUUUUUCUCAGCCUCCUAUAUGUUUAUGUUGUUAUUUUACUUUAAAUGCGAUUUAUGAAAUGCAACUUAUUCUUUGCACUACAAGUAAAAUUACUGAAACAACACACAACAGUUUAAGAAAAAAAAAUGCUAAUUUUAGAUGAAAAUUUCGGUCUGCACUGAGGUUUUUGCAUCUUAACUCUUCAUAUGGGAAUAGCCAAGAGCAUGGAGUAUAGUUGUAAAACACAUUCAUUUCUUGUAGCAUUGACCAAGAAACUAACAUAUAAAUCACUAGGAAUAAUCUUAGCCUGGUUCUUGCGAAAAUAAAUCCCCAUAGUAACUUAAUUUAGCCUGCUUUCAUGCAACUGAGUAAAGGCUAAAUUCAGCCAGGAUAGCCUCAAAAUCCCAGCUUUUUCCCCUCAAAUGCACUCCAGGCCAAUAAGGGGAGCUUGUCUGCGAAUCGGUUCACUUAGCCUCGGCCAAUGACCGAACAGAAGCAGCCGUAAUCGGCGGUGGCACGCUGGGGGCAGGCGACUGGCACAGAGAUGCAUUUUCCUGUAUGAUUAAUCUUAAAGAGUUGAUUUUGUGAAUGAUUGCACGCCGGUGCCAGCACAAUAGAUUGCAAUGGCACCGGGUUGGCAAGAGAUCGCGUCGCAGCAUGUGGAGCAGAUAACGGGAUAUGUCAGAGAAAGCCUGUCCACCGGCCUCGUCUAUCUGAAGUCUGAGCUGGGAAUAGACUUGGGCUUGAAUCCUGAUCUCUGCGCUCCAUGGCUGCUGCUUUUAACGGCCUGGGCCGGUCUGGUUCUCCUGCUGGUCUUAUGGGUGUCCGUUUGUCGCGGUUUCUCCAAAAGACUCGCAGGGACAGAGACCGGAGACUCCGCCGAAAAUACGGGUCCAGCGCAACCGGUGAAAAAGGCAGAUGAGCCCAAGAGGAGGAACAGAAAGAAGAAUGCAGAGAAGAAAGCACAGAGGAAUGGACUUGCUGUUGAACCACAGGAGGAGGUUAAAACGGCAGACGAUCAAGAACUAGCAGAAGUGAGGGCUGACAAGGGAAAGAAGAAUAAGAAAAAGACAAAAGCUUCUGCAAAAGAGAAAAAAUCCUCCACAUCUGUUGACGGCAAAGAGCCUGAUGAAGCGGUCGGGAACAUGAGUGUGAUGGUAAAUCUGGCAGGUACCUGGGAGACCAAGGUCAGUAACCGAGAGAAGCGUCAACAGCGGCGGAAGGACAAGGCUCCAGAUGACGAGUCCGGCAGCCCGGUACCAUCAGCAGCUUCCGGUGCCACGGAGCAGCUCCAAACCACCCUAGAAGAAGCAGAAACUACCAUCACCUCUGCUGUUUCUACACCUCCGGUCCAAAGAGUAGUGGAGGUUGACCCACCUGAAAUUGAAGCAACCUUUGUACAAGACCCUGUUAUUCCUCAAGUGACUCCGUGUUGGGAAGAAGUGCUGACUGUAAAUGGCUCUGGCUGGAGUGAUCUGGGUCUGCAGCUUCCUUCUCACAUGACCAGUGUUCAGACUGAAAGCUGGACCAGUAUGACCGUCCCGACUGAGCGUCAGACCAGCGAACCAUCUGUCUGGCCACAAGAUAUGGAAGGUUCAUGGACUAUUGUGGAUAGACCUAAUAUUCCUGUUACAUUCAGUGGAUUGCCUGCUGUGCCUGACCUAAGUUGGAGCGCUCCGCCUGCUGUGCCCGUGGAUGAUGAGUGGUCCGGAAUAAAAAGCUCAUCUGCAGACCCAUCGUGUGACUGGAACGCUCCAUCAGAGGAGUGGGGGAACUAUAUUGAGCAGCAGCCUGUGAGCGCGGCACCGCUGGAGCAACCAGGCCCUGAAGUUCUGCAGGAAUCUGAUGAUGACAAGGAUAAAGAUGAAUCUGGCACCCCUGGUAGCGGUAAAGCUAAGAAGAAGAAAAAGAAGAAGAAGAAGCUUGAGGACGCUGGACCUUCUGCUCAGCCACAGGUGAAGGCAGAAAGCAUUGUGACUCUGACACCGAGCGCAACAGUAAACAUCCCAGCUGCCACAGCAGGGGCACGUGUUGAAGAUGCUCCACGUGUCGCACCAUCAGCCCCAGUACAGACUCAACAGAGAAAGAGUGGACCUGAGCCGACCGACAAAUCCAAACCUGCUCCAACACAGAAAAAAACAGACGACACCUUGGAGUCCGUCAAACCCAUUAAAAAGAAAAAAGCUAGACGAGAGACAUGAAGAAACGGAUGAGACGAGACAACAUAUGCAAUCUUGGGCUGUACAGAAUUUCAUACGUCCUGAGUGACUCGUUUUGUUUUUUUUGAUACCCUUCAUCGAAUGUGUUGUGAAUCCCAUCCUAGUGUCCACAUCCUAAUAGGUAUCUCUAGAUGAUAAUGUGCUGUAACGCUACACGUCACAUGAAGGACGCUUCAUUUGGAAAUAGAUUCUCUUUUUUUAAUGUACGUUAUUGCUAAUUAUACUGUCAAUUUGAUAUGAUUUUUAUUUGCAGCAAAAUGUUUUUUGUAAGAAGAUCCUGGUGAUCCUCUGGAAAGCACUAGGGAUGCAUUAAGAACAUUUAAAGGAACACUCCACUUUAUCUGUUGGAAAUGGGCUCAUCUUACAAGUCACUAAGACCUAAAUCGUUUAGCUUUAACGUUUUUGAAACCAUUUAGCCGAUCUCCGGGUCUGGCGAGAGUGCUUUUAGCUUAGCAUAAAUCAUGAAUCGGAUUAGACCAUUAGCAUCUUACUCAAAAAAA